AUGGCUGCCAAACCCACUAUCGUCUUCUCAAUCGGUGCAUGGCUCUUGCCGCCUGCAUUCAGCACCAUCCAGGACAAACUCGCCGAACGAGGGAUCCCAUCCGAAGCACCCGCGCACCCGUCCAUCGGCGCAGAGCCACCGAACAAGACCCUCUACGAUGACGUCGCUUCGUUCAAGACCGUCCUGACACAGCUGGUAGAAGAGCAGGGGAAAGACGUCGUGGUUGUUGGGCAUUCAUACGGCGGUGUUGUUGCUUCAGGCGCUGUUGAAGGGCUAGCCAAGGACGCUCGGAAAGCAGCUGGGAAAGAGGGCGGCGUUAUACGGAUUGUCUAUAUGGCUGCCUUUGCAUUAGACAAGGGGCAGAGUCUUUUGGAUAUGCUGGGUGGGCAGCCUCUACCCUGGAUGGAGGUUGAUGGCGACUAUGUCCGCUGCAAUGGCGGCGCAGAGAUAGCGCUGCAUGACUUGCCUGUCGAAAUCCAGAAACAAGCCGAGUCGGAGCUUGUGCAUACAUCGCGCGAGGUCUUUUCAGGGGCUGCUACCUAUGAACCGUGGCACGAUAUCCCGUCGGCGUAUAUCAUUACGGAGGAGGACCGCGGACUCCCGCUGCAGAUCCAGGAACUGUUGUCGGCGAAACUGGGGACGGAGGUCGUGUAUCGGAUUAAAAGCUCGCAUUCGCCGUUUUUGAGUAUGCCUGAUAGACUGGCGGAGAUUUUGGAGGAGAUUUCUGGGAAGUCUUCGUAG